AUUUUACGGCAUUUCGAAGAGAAAUGUAAGUAUUUUUUUAAAACUUAAUCUUCAUUUGUUGCCAUUUAACUGUCGUUUGACCUACACUACACAGAAUCAAUGCGAUUUUUUUGCGUGGGUGGAUAACGACAUGGCCUAUCAGAUGACGAUGGUCAGGAAUUUGAAAAGUGAGGUUAAUGGCAUGACUGAAGAACGCAACAAAGCUCUACUGGAACUAGUUCAUGCCCAUACUCAGGUGGCGGCUAAAACUGACGAACUGGAGCAACUUAAUGAGGCCUUCGAGGGAUUGAAGGAGUCCAUUGAGAUGUACCACGAAGAAAAUGUGCUUAUGAUCCAGGAUAGUGGUCUGCAACUUAUGGAGAUAAACACUCUGAAGAAACACGUCAAGCUGAUGGAAGUCAAGUGCUCAGACAUGGAGAGGAAAAACAAGAUCAUGAGGCUUGGUUUUUUUGUGGCAUUUACAAUUGCCGGUUGCAGUUUAUCCGUUGCUUGUUUGAAGAAAAAAUGAUGCAUUUUCUAUUAAGUGACAAUGGCUUGUGUUUGUGCAGUGUUGUUAGUAAACUGCGUUCCAAUAAUUUUUUGUAUUAUCUUAAACUCAUUUAAUUUGCUUGUUGGGAAAACUUUGUGUGAUUCAAAAAUUUAAAUUACAGUACUGUCGUUGAUUACAUAAUUUAAGUGCAGGUGCUGUCUUUCAUAAUUAAAUAUAAGUUCAGGUGCUGUCUUUCAUAAUUGGUCGAAAUGUCAAGGGCUAUAUUAGACUUCACAGAGAAAUAAACCGCCAAAAAAAUGAAAACUUAAUGGCAAAGAUUAGCAAUGGGUUUUCCAAGAAACCCUUUCAUUACACCCGUUCCAUCAGUUGUAUUGUUCCAAUGCAGCCUCUUCGUUAACCACAACCACUAACACAAAGGGCAUGUAAAGAAAUUGAAGAGUCAUGAUGGUAACUUAUUUAAAUAGGCAACCACAGCAACUGAUUCAACCAUUUCAGAUUACACAAAUUGUUCUUAUUCUCAGAAAAACCAGAAGAUGUCCGAUAAUAUUGUUGUGUCUUCACUUAAUAUGGAACUCAUGGAUUGCCCAAUAUGCUGUGAACCCUUAACAACUCCAAUUAUUCAGUGUGAAAAUGGGCAUGCAACAUGCAACUCAUGCUCGGAGAAGACUCAGAAGUGCCAUUCUUGCACCCUGCCUAUCAGAAGAAUGAGGAACCGGAUUCUUGAAGAUGUUGCUGACUCUUUGAGAGUUUGUUGCUCGUUCAAGAAUUAUGGAUGCCCAGCAACUGUGAGGUACCCCGAAAAGAGCAACCACGAAAAGUUCUGUUCUUUCAUAGAGUGCUCAUGCCCCAUUGAAGUUUGCAAUGUUAAGGGAACCUCUGAAAUGAUUUAUGCUCACUGUAAAGUGAUGCAUAAAGAUUUUGUGAAGCCGUUUGUUUUUUGUCGUAAAUUCCCUGUUUCUGUUCGGCUGAAUGAUAAUUUCUUUAUUCUCCAAGAGGAAAACACAGACAUUGUGUUUGUUCUGAACAACACAACGUGUUCUUAUGGGAAUAUUCUUACAAUCUGUUGUCUUGCACCGUCACAAGCUGGAUGCUGCCCCUAUGAAAUUGAAGUGAAUGCCAACUCAAGUCACAAGUUUCACAGUACUACCCAGAACAUUCAAGGCACCGGCAAUUACUAUCGUUCUUUUUCAGGGUUCCUUCUUGAUAGUGACCACGAAUUUUUUGCUGACGGUAUGAUCAAGAUGGAGUUUUGUGUUUAUCGCGCACCGGAGCUUGCUUAAGAGGAUGACCUGUUUAUGUAGUCUUGUUUAUGUAUUUUUUGGUUAAUUUUGGUGAAGAUGGAUAUUUUUGUUCUUGUUUUUGUUCUUGUUCAGGGUUAAUUUUGGUGAAGAUGGAUGUUAAUGUAAUUUUUUUCUAAACGUUCUGAAAUGUUUGAAUAUUUAAUGAAGUCAA